AUGGAGCAGAAACACACAAUUAUAAAGAAACACACCACCAUAGAUAAACACACCCUUACAGAGGAACACACCACUAUAGAGAAACACUCCACUAUAGAGAAACACUCCACUACAGAGAAACACUCCACUACAGAGAAACACUCCACUACAGAGAAACACUCCACUAUAGAGAAACACUCCACUACAGAGAAACACUCCACUACAGAGAAACACUCCACUAUAGAGAAACACUCCACUAUAGAGAAACACUCCACUAUAGAGAAACACUCCACUAUAGAGAAACACUCCACUAUAGAGAAACACUCCACUAUAGAGAAACACUCCACUAUAGAGAAACACUCCACUAUAGAGAAACACACCACUACAGAGAAACACUCCACUAUAGAGAAACACUCCACUAUAGAGAAACACUCCACUAUAGAGAAACACACCACUAUAGAGAAACACACCACUAUAGAGAAACACUCCACUAUAGAGAAACACACCAUUACAGAGAAACACUCCACUAUAGAGAAACACUCCACUAUAGAGAAACACACCAUUACAGAGAAACACUCCACUACAGAGAAACACUCCACUAUAGAGAAACACUCCACUAUAGAGAAACACUCCACUACAGAGAAACACUCCAUUACAGAGAAACACUCCAUUACAGAGAAACACUCCACUAUAGAGAAACACUCCACUACAGAGAAACACUCCAUUACAGAGAAACACUCCACUAUAGAGAAACACUCCACUACAGAGAAACACUCCAUUACAGAGAAACACUCCACUAUAGAGAAACACACCAUUACAGAGAAACACUCCACUACAGAGAAACACUCCACUAUAGAGAAACACUCCACUACAGAGAAACACUCCACUACAGAGAAACACUCCACUACAGAGAAACACUCCACUAUAGAGAAACACACCAUUACAGAGAAACACUCCACUAUAGAGAAACACUCCACUAUAGAGAAACACUCCACUACAGAGAAACACUCCACUACAGAGAAACACUCCACUACAGAGAAACACUCCACUAUAGAGAAACACUCCACUACAGAGAAACACUCCACUACAGAGAAACACUCCACUACAGAGAAACACUCCACUACAGAGAAACACUCCACUACAGAGAAACACUCCACUACAGAGAAACACUCCACUAUAGAGAAACACUCCACUACAGAGAAACACUCCACUAUAGAGAAACACUCCACUAUAGAGAAACACUCCACUACAGAGAAACACUCCACUACAGAGAAACACUCCACUACAGAGAAACACUCCAUUAUAGAGAAACACUACAACAGAGAAACACUACAACAGAGAAACACUACAACAGAGAAACACUACAACAGAGAAACACUACAACAGAGAAACACUACAACAGAGAAACACUACAACAGAGAAACACUACAACAGAGAAACACUACAACAGAGAAACACUACAACAGAGAAACACUACAACAGAGAAACACACCACUAAAGAGAAACACACCACUAAAGAGAAACACACCACUAUAUAGAAACACAUUGACAGAUGUAAUCUCCUGGUUGAGGGUGCAAGCUUUAAGGGGGCCUGUGACUGAAGUUAUUCUGACCCCUGAGAAUUGCUGGAGUCGGCGUCAGAACUACAGCCUGUACCCUUGUGAGAGGGUCAUCACCACCCAUGGGUCUGAGGAGUGGGAUGCCCAGUAG